AUGACCUUUCGAGGUUGGCCAGUUGGCAGGGUCCUCGCUGGCCUCACAGCUGCUGGCUUCACCACCUUAAUCAUCACCCGGAACCUCCAGACCUCAUCCCGCAUGUCCCUCAAUGCUAGCCAGCAGCCAGCAGCCAGCACAGCAUUCUGGAGGGCCGGGCCUAGCCUCCUCCGUCUGCGGCUGCAUAGCUCCGAGCAGGUUUCGCCGACCACUAAGCGUCUGAGGUUUGAGCUUCCCACGCCAGACACCAUCAGUGGCCCGGGCCUUUGCUGCGAGUCCGUAUUGCUUGAAGUGUCGUACCACCUACCAAAGCUUGUCCGCUACAUGUCUAACACGAUCGCGGAUUCAUGCAGCUGCCGUCCUGGCCGCCGCAUGGCCAAAGGGCAACCUCUUCCCCAUCUUAAGGCUGUAUACCCCGACGAGCCCGGGUAUCUGGAUCUCACAGUCAAGCAGUAUUCAGGCGGCAAAAUGAGCACACACCUGCACAGCCUCUCCCCAGGCGAUACAAUACUCUUUGCCGCCGUAAUCCCUACCUAUCGUUGGACGCCAAAUAAGCACGAAAACAUAACUCUCAUCGCUGGUUGUGCCGGCAUCACCCCAUUGUACCAGCUUGCCCAGGGUAUCCUCAACAACCCAGAUGACACCAAGACCAAGAUCAAUCUCAUCUACGGUGUUAACGAAGAUUCCGAGAUCCUUUUCCGGGACCAGUUCGACCAAUGGCGGCACCAGUUCCCGGACCGCUUUAAGCCACCUUUGUCGUUGGCAACCCAGAGCCCGGGUCCCCUCAUAAAAAAGGCCGGAUCGAUGCUGACCUGCUUGGGUAACAGACGUGGUGGCAUCCUACAACAGAUUGGAUUUACCAAGUGUCAGGUCUUCCAGUUCUGA